AUGUUAUUUCCAUCUUACAAAGUGCUAUUCACUGCGAUAGCUUUACUCUUGGUGACAUUGUUCAUCGCUAUAAAGUUCAUCUUGGAAACUAAAAAAGAUCUACAUCCUAUCGCUUUGGCUGAACAAGCUAAUGUUGCAUCUACCCGGAAAGAAACGGAAACUGCCGUGUACCGAAACUUUACUGUUCCACCAGGUUUUCCCUUGACCACGGGAAUGGGUCUGAGUUUAGGUUACAGGCUCAGAAAUGGAAAUUUUGGGGACUUAUGGUCCAGUAUCAUGGAACUAAGCGGAAGCAACUACAUUGAGCUCAAUGGUAGCAAGAAUUCUCUCUCCACUUUGAAUGGAGAAGCGAAGCACAUCUUGAAAUGGAUCCAGCAUGAUGCAAUAGAAACAAAACGCAUUGGUGUUUGCAUCCCUCCAACUGAACAUGCUGGAUUUGCUCUAGCGAUUACUGGGCUCAUGGGCUCUCUUCAGAAUGUGGUUCCAGUCUUUAUGCCCAGUGUACCGCGCUCUAGGCAGGAUUUGCACAUAAUAGCAGUGGAUUCGUGGGAAACUUUGCGUCAGAUGGGUGACAGUUGUCAGUGGUAUGAAAGAGUGAUUGUGUGCGAUACUAAGAAAGCCGAACCUACCAGCUCCAAGCCAACCAACGUUGUGAGCUGGGAGCAACUGCUGGACGGAUGUUUUGAUGAUGGCGAGUUCAAAUACGCUCCUCCCCAAGAUAAUAGUGACGACAUGAAAGUGAUGGCUGUGAACAAGUCAUCUUUCGGUAGUGCUACUACUUUUACUCAUAUGGCCCUUGUAAGUAGUGUUGCGGCUUUCAUCAAGUCCUUUCCCUUGCACCAUGAGCUGAGCUCCCAUGACCAUAUCAGCAUUCUUCUAGACAAUAGAUCUACUGCCCAAGAUCCCAUUCAAAUAUUUCCCAAAUUGCUCGCAACCUUACUACAUGGUGGAUCAGUCUCUAUUCAAUCUCUACCCGUUUCAGGAACUCUCGAACACUGCUUAAACAGGAACACGACACUUCUACAGAUUGCGGAAGACAGCGCGCUUCUUGAUUCACAGCUAAAGCAACGCUUAUCGACGCUACAAAAAAUAAAAUCUGCGGUGGCAUCUAACUUUCUUAGUGAAGGUGUAUUCACCUCUUCUGCACUAUCUUCAGUGGCCUUCAAAAGCCUGAGAUGUAUUUUCCUCUACAGCUCGGUUAAGGAUGGGAAGACCGCUGCGCUCAUGGCGCUUGUUGCCGCAAAGCCAGUGUAUGACAUCACUAAAAAAACUCGGUCAACAAACCACUUGAAUCGUAUGCGUGCUUUGUUAGGCACCAGGGUUAUUGUUGAGCUGUACUGUCCGUUUCUGGUUUUGGGGCCAAUUGCGGCUACAAACUUCUUCGACUACAGGGUACUCCCACCACAGGUUGACAACAAAGUCACCAAUUAUGGGCCCAUUUGCACAUCGCUCGAAGCAAAGCUGGUGGAAGAUGAAAGCAAUCCAAAUCUCGACAUUUCAAAGCGCCAAGGAUUGCUAUGUAUCAGAGGAUUCACGAUUGGGACCCCGAUGGCACUAGAAUUGGCAAAGAAAUUCGACGGCGGAGAAGGUUGGAUGCCACUGCCGGGCGUAUUCUGCUUGUGGGGCCAAGACGGAUGUUUAUAUGAAUACAAAUAG